GCUGCUCCUCUAUAAAAGGGGGAGAAAGCGGCUCCAGAGCCAUCACAGACCCGGAGGGGACGGUCUGUGACCACGACCACCGCAGCCCCUCCUCGGCACCCGACUUCCUGCUCCAGCAUGAAACUUGUGCUCUCCGCUGUGCUGUCCCUAGGGAUAGCUGCUCUGUGUUUUGCUGCUCCCCCCAAGGCAACCGUCAGAUGGUGCACAAUAUCCUCAGCAGAAGAGAAGAAAUGCAACAGCCUAAAGGACCACAUGCAACAGGAGAGAGUUACAUUGAGCUGCGUGCAGAAAGCAACGUACCUGGACUGCAUCAAAGCCAUCUCGAAUAACGAAGCAGAUGCCAUUAGCUUGGAUGGUGGUCAAGUUUUCGAGGCAGGCCUUGCCCCCUAUAAGCUGAAGCCCAUUGCUGCCGAGGUCUACGAACAAAGUGGAGGCUCCACAACCAGCUACUAUGCUGUGGCUGUCGUUAAGAAAGGAACAGACUUCACAAUAAGUGACUUGCGAGGCAAGACCUCCUGCCACACGGGCCUGGGCAGAUCCGCUGGCUGGAACAUCCCCAUCGGGACGCUCAUCCACCGGGGAGACAUCGAGUGGGAAGGCAUAGACUCAGGCUCAGUCGAGCAAGCGGUGGCCAAGUUUUUCUCUGCCAGCUGUGUGCCUGGUGCCACCACUGAACAAAAGCUGUGCCGUCAGUGCAAGGGGGACCCAAAAACCAAAUGCCUCCGCACAGCGCCUUAUUCUGGAUAUUCUGGAGCUUUUCAGUGUCUGAAAGAUGGAAAAGGAGAUGUGGCUUUUGUAAAACACACAACUGUUCAAGAAAAUGCCCCAGAGGAGAAGGACGAGUAUGAGCUGCUGUGUCUGGAUGGCACCCGCCAGCCUGUGGACAGCUACAAAACCUGUCACUGGGCCAGAGUGGCUGCUCACGCCGUUGUGGCUCGGGAUGAUAGCAAGGUUGAUGACAUCUGGAGCUUUCUCUCAAUAGCACAGAGCAACUUUGGCGUGGGCACCACCAGUGACUUCCACCUCUUCGGGCCACCUGGCAAGAAGGACCCAGUCCUCAAGGACUUGCUUUUCAAAGACUCUGCUAUAAUGCUGAAGCGUGUCCCAGCACUGAUGGAUUCCCAGCUCUAUCUGGGCUUUGAGUAUUACAGUGCCAUCCAGAGCCUCCGGAAAGACCAGUUGACUGUCAGCCCUAGAGAAGACAAGGUUCAGUGGUGUGCAGUAGGCAAGGAUGAGAAGAGCAAGUGUGACCGCUGGAGCGUGGUGAGCAACGGGGAGGUGGAGUGCACCGUGGCAGACAACACGAAGGACUGCAUUAUUAAGAUCAUGAAAGGUGAAGCAGAUGCCAUCAGCCUAGAUGGAGGUUUUGUCUACACUGCUGGCGUGUGUGGGUUGGUGCCAGUGAUGGGAGAAAGCUAUGAUGAUGACAGCCAGUGCAGCAAAGCAGAAGGACAACCAGCAUCAUACUUUGCUGUGGCUGUCGUGAAGAAAGCCGACAAUACCCUCACAUGGAACAAUCUGCAAGGCAAGAAGUCAUGCCACACCGCUGUUGGGAGAACUGCUGGCUGGAACAUCCCCAUGGGCUUGAUUCACAACAAAACCGGGAGCUGCAAUUUUGAUGAUUACUUCAGUGAGGGCUGUGCUCCUGGUUCUCCUCCUAACUCCCGCCUCUGCCAGCUGUGCCAAGGUUCAGGGGAAAACCUGCUGGAGAAGUGUGUUGCCAGCAGCCACGAGAAAUACUAUGGAUAUACUGGAGCUUUCCGGUGUCUGGUCGAGCAGGGUGAUGUGGCCUUUGUUAAGCAUUCAACUGUCGGCGAAAACACUGAUGGCAAAAAUAAAGAUGACUGGGCCAAAGGUCUGAAAAUGGAUGACUUUGAGUUGCUGUGCACUGAUGGGCGACGGGCAAAUGCCAUGGAUUACAAGACCUGCCACCUGGCCAAAGUUCCUACCCACGCUGUGGUUGCACGCCCCGAGAAAGCAAACAAAAUCCGUGAGCUGCUGGAGAGACAGGAGAAACUGUUUGGAUUACAUGGAACCGAGAAAGAGAGAUUCAUGAUGUUUCAGUCUCAGACCGAGGAUCUUCUGUUUAAAGACUUGACCAGGUGCCUGGUUAAACUCCGCCAAGGAAUAACAUACAAGGAGUUCCUCGGAGAUGAAUACUAUGCUUCAGUUGCUAGCCUCAAUACCUGCAACCCAUCAGAUCUUCUCCAGGUGUGCACCUUCCUUGAGGACAACUCCUUCUCCCAAAAGCUGAGCUCAGGACUGGAAGAUGCCUGCGUGCCUCUUGGACCCGUAGGGAUCACCGAGUCCAACUCCCGACGGAGCUUCCCAACCCCUGCCGUGGUUCCGCGACUACAACUCCCGGGAGCCCCCGCGGCGGCUCGGCGGCGGCGGCGGCGGCGCGGAAGCGGGGCGAGGCGGGCGGCCAUGGCGGGGGCGCUGGAGCCGUACCUGGACUCGCUGCGGCGGGAGCUGCAGGCGCCCGGCCCCGCCGCGCUCUCCGUGCUGCUGGCGCUGCUCCUCGUCGCCCUCACGCUCCUGCUCUGGAGGCUCGCGCAGGCCGGGAGGAGCGGCCGCAGGGCCGUGCUGCUGCUGGGGCUCUGCGACGCGGGGAAGACGCUGCUGUUCGCCAGGCUGCUGACGGGCAAGUACCGGGACACUCAGACGUCUAUCACCGACAGCUCUGCCGUCUACAGGGUCAGCAGCGACAAGAGCGCUAAUGUGACUUUAAUCGACCUCCCAGGCCACGAGAGCCUGCGGCUUCAGUUCUUGGAGAGGUUCAAGGCUGCAGCCAGAGCCAUCGUGUUUGUGGUGGACAGCGUAGCUUUCCAGCGGGAGGUGAAGGAUGUGGCGGAGUUCCUGUACCAGGUCCUGGUUGACAGCACAGUGCUCAAAAAUGCGCCCGCGCUGCUGAUAGCUUGCAAUAAGCAAGAUGUCACAAUGGCAAAAUCAGCAAAACUUAUUCAACAGCAGCUGGAGAAAGAGCUCAACACCUUACGAGUGACCCGCUCUGCAGCCCCCACCAGUCUGGAUGGCUCCUCCGUAGGGGGCCCCGCUCAGCUGGGGAAGAAGGGCAAGGACUUUGACUUCUCCCAGCUGCCAAUGAGGGUGGAGUUUGUGGAGUGCAGUGCCCGUGGCAGCAAGGGAGAGGAGGGAAAUGCCGACUUCGAGGGCCUUGAGAAGUGGCUGGCCAAGAUCGCUUGAACAGAGAAGGGCAGAGCAGGAGGGAGAUGAGGGGAGGCUGGGUGGGUGUGACACUGGGAGAGUGAAAGGAAAGAGAUGGUUUGAGGCACUUAAAUCUCAUCUUGUAGAAGAUACUUCUCGAAAUUACUUCUAGAAAAAGCUGGAAACAAGCAUUGCAGUGUCUUCCUCUGCAGCUUAUGGCCUUGGGAGUAACAUAAUACCUGGUGUGAUUUCUCUGACUGUGUCCAUCAUACUGCAACCUUUUUUUCCUCACCCUUCUUCCUUCAUCUUUCUCUGGGAUGCUUACCCUAUGGGCUUCUGUGUUUCCUUGAAAUGUUUCGUCUUUUCAUUUGACAGCUGCCAGGCAAAUUAGGGACGAGAGCACUGCCAGUUGAGUCUUCUAGAGACUGGAAUCUCUGUCCUUUCCUGCCUUGGUUUAGCAUUGCAUCCCUGUUACUUCUGCUUGCUUACUUGCAGUCCUGGCAAAGUGCACAGACUGUAGGGCAGUUGCUGAGGCGAGUAAAAAAAUCUUUUUUCUUCUAUCUCCUACCUCCCCAUUCUUCCAGACCGGUGCAGUCCAGUUUCUGUGGGACUGGAGUGAUUUAAUAAAUCCCAAAAGCAGGCUGGCUCAUCUACCUCUGUCACUGUACACUGCCGGUGUCUGGCUGCGGUGCCUUUGUCUUUGGGUGAUUUCUUCUGCUGGAUGGUUCUCGGGAGUUUUUCUUUUAAAUGAGGGCUGCGUCCUGAAAGCUUGUUUCACUCUCCUCUGACACACAUGUAUGCACGCUUUCCGUAUGACAGUUACAGAAGGGUCUUAGCUUCAAGCAAUGAGGAAGACACAUUUUUAGAUAGAUGCCUACAUUGUUGGUGAGAUCUGUCAUGCCAGAUUGUUUGUUGUUCAGUCCCCUGCCCAUCUCCUCCCUAGUGACUGCAAUAAAGAGACCUUUUUGUGUUUGUAA